AUGCCCAUCUCACAAUCCCCUUACCUGCCCAGAAUUAUAGGCGGCUUCGGCGUCAUGGCCGUCGGACUGGGGAUCAACGCGUUGUUCAACCCGCGCGGGGCGAUCGCGCUGUUCCAGUUCCCGCACCCGGGGGCGCGGGCCAACACGAUCGAAGAGACGCCCGAGGGCCACCUGGUUGAGAGCGUCAUGAUGCUCGAGGGCGCGCGCACCGUCGCGAUGGGCACCGCGCUGGUCGCGACAUCGUACUUUGGCAGCCGCAAGGCCCUCACCGUCAUGGUGUGGACCAGCACGCUCGUCGCCGUGACGGACGGCUUCAUCAGUCGUCGGCAGAUCGGUGGCGGGGAGUGGAGUCACUGGAUGUUUGUGCCCGUCGGGGCCGUCAUUGGGGGUUUGUUGAGUGGGUUUGCCGAUUAG